UUGCGCAUUCACGAGAGAGACGCAUCGUGACGACGCCGAGCGCCGCGACGCCUGUCACCAGCCAAGAUCGUCGCGACGCUGGCAACAUAAAGGCACCAACGGCAGACGAUUAUUCUCAUUGCUGCUUCUACUUGGACUUUUUUUAACUGGUCCGUAUACCAGUGAGCUUCGAGAAGCUUCGUAUUUUACUUCAGGGCUGCCAAAGGAGAAUGUGGGGCAGAGCAAACAUGGCCGCUGUGAUCCUGCUCCUGGGAUGGGUCUGCGUAUUCGCCCGUGGAGAAGCGAGCAAUGCGGAAAUGUCAUUGGCGGAUGUUGAGGCCGAGGCCAUUUUGGAGAAGGCCACGACCUGGUUAUGGAGUCAGAGGGACAAGGACGCAGGAUGGGGUAACGAUACUCAUCGGGUUCUCCUAGCAUUACGUCUGGGUAAUCUCACCCGGGAUGACAACAUCCCACCAGCACCGGUCCUGGAGUUACAGCUGAGCGCAAAACAAAUGGAGCUGGAAAUCGUUUUGUUACUCUGGAGACAUAGGGAGGUUGGAUUUUCUCCGGUACGUCUUGCCCGGUACACCUUGGCCUUGAACGCACUGUGCAUGGAUCCAAGACAGUUUCAUGGGCAUGAUCUAAUUGGUACACUGCAGCAUCACGAACCGCCAACUGAUUAUGAAUUUGCCGUAGCUACGCUGGCAGCCUGCAGUGCUCAGGCUCACGUGAGGAAACGGCAGAUUCGUCGACUCCUGGACAUCGCAAACGCGGCUCAGGAUCAUAACGUUGACACGGUUGCCAUGGUGAUCUUAGCUCUACGUUGUAUCGUCCAGGAUCACAGGCACCGCAACCUCCAUCAUUUUGUUCGCAAACCAUCGAUCGGCUUGGCCCAUCAGCAACGUCUGGAUGGAAGCUUUGGUGAUUUGCAUACCACUGCCUUGGCUAUGCAGGCUCUGGAGGAGGUGGAGAAUGAGCCUGCAAAUAACUGGAACAGGUCGGCUGCCUUAGCGUGGUUGUCUAGUAGACAACGUCAGGAUGGGUCGUUCGAUGGGGAUGUGCGCACCACUGCCGAGGCUGUUCUUGGAGUAGCUCCACGUGGAUUGGCCACUAUUAGGGCACUGGAUUGCGGUCAGGGUCUUACUGACAGCUCGCCACCACGUUUGACAACUAGCAAUGAUAUUACAGCACCUGAGAAUCAUAGUGAAGUCUUAAUAGCAUUGACGUCGGGCAGCAAUACUAGUGCUCUUAUUACGGAACCUGCUGGUACUUCCACGCCUGUCCUUGUCAAUGUCACUUAUACACUUUGGGUUGGCAGCAAUGUCAAUGAGACUUACAGCUUGACAUUGACAGCACCUAAGAAUGAAACCUUUUACGGUGUGAUGGUGAUGGCCGCGGAAAUGUCAACUCACUUUGAAUUUGCUGCCUCAGAAUGGCCUAACGGUCACUAUGUUCACACCCUUGCUGGAUACAAGGAAGAACCCUUAUCUUAUCACUAUUGGUUAUUAUACAGACUGCCCUCACCACCGGAACCAGCUUCACCACCUGGUAACCAGCUGGUAGCACCAGGAGGGGUUGAUGAUCUUCAAAUUAGCGAGGGUGAACACUAUCUCUUCUGGUACAAGAAACUGUGAAGGGUGAGGGAUUCAUUGUAAUACUGGGAUGAUCGAUCCUGAUGAUCUAGAAGGCGGAUAAUCUAGAUCCAAGAAAAAAAUGCGCUCGUCGAUUACGAGCUGGAUAUCAAGAUAAUACAUUGUUUGUUAUGUAAGGUACGAGACAUAACAUUUUGUAUGAAACUGCAAUGCACAACCAUAUUGUACUUAUUAUUGUAUUAAUUAACAUUUAAUAAAUGCGAUACAUACUACAAUUGAUAAUGACGUUCGCAUCGGAA